AUGGGCAAGUCCAGACCAGCCACGUCUGGCUACGCCAGAAUUGCUCAGGCAGAAGAGGAGGACGAUGAAUCCCUGCUUUCCGACGACGACAUCAUCCACCAAGGCCAGUCCCGCAUCUCGCUCGACGCCGAUGGUACCACAUAUGCGCCCAUACAGCCGAAGCGCCGUGAGCGUAUGGACUUACCAGAAGGCCGAUCCCCAAACCACCGACGACGGCGUACAAACUCUGGAGUCGACAUCAAGGCCAUCAACGCUAGACUGGAGAAAUGGGCCGAUGAGAUCGCACAGAAAUUCAAGAUUCGCAAGGUCAAGGGAAAAUCGCAGGAGGAGGAGCAUCUAGAGAUACACCACUCGGUCUUUGUGGCUCCUGACUGGAUCAGACCCGCGACGGCCGAGACACUAGCCUCAGACCCCGAUGAGUCCAACGAGGACAGGAUAUCCAAGACCGAUUUCGAGGAGAUCGUUGAGAGCGUCAGGGUCGCCAUUGAAAUGGGUAUGCAGCCCAAACUCAUCACUCAGGGCAGUUCUGGAAGUUACUUUGCGAGAAACACCUCUGGCAAGGUCGUUGGCGUCUUCAAACCAAAGGAUGAAGAACCAUACGCUUCAAAGAACCCCAAAUGGACAAAGUGGAUCCACCGAAACCUCUUCCCAUUCUUCUUUGGAAGAGCAUGUCUCAUUCCCAACCUCAGCUAUGUUUCCGAGGCAGCCGCUUACGUCCUGGAUAGCCGUCUACGAACCAAUCUGGUACCUUAUACAGACGUCGUUACACUCUCCUCCAAGGCGUUUUUCUACGAUUUCUGGGACAGGCGUGCACACUACCGCAAAGGUAAACCAUUUCCCGAGAAACAAGGCAGUUUCCAGGUCUUCCUCAAAGGCUUCAAGGACGCAAACAUCUUCCUAAAAGAACACCCGUGGCCCGAUCAACACAACUCAGGAUUUCGAACAGAUGCUGCGCCUAGCCGGAAAAAGAGGAGGUGGGGAGAGGACUGUCGACCUAGAGGUGCUCCUUCUGACGAUGAGGAUGAAGACAUCGAGGGCUCUCGAGCGCCGUAUAGCGAUCGCCAACGCUCCCGGAAAGUCUUCUGGACGCCUGCUCUUCAACAGUCGCUUCGCGAACAGCUAGAAAAGCUUGUGAUUUUGGAUUAUAUUAUGCGCAACACCGAUCGCGGACUUGACAAUUGGAUGAUCAGAAUCGAUCAGAAAACUCAACAAGCUGAGAUUGUGCUCGAACCACCUAGAAGUUCGACAAAUGGACAGGCUGAUCCGUACAGAAGAGAAGAGAUGAUGACUGCUGGCGGUCAGACCAACCCACGAUCUUCUGCUUCCGUGUCUCUUGGUGCUAUCGACAAUAGUCUGUCAUGGCCUUGGAAGCACCCUGACGCUUGGCGCAGUUUCCCAUUCGGCUGGCUGUUUCUCCCUGUUUCUCUGAUCGGCCGGCCAUUUUCGGAGAAGACCAAGCAACAUUUCUUGCCUCUACUGACAUCCAAGCAGUGGUGGAGUGAGACUCAGGUUGCUUUGCGCAAAUGUUUCGAACAGGAUGCCGACUUCCAAGAGAAGAUGUUUGCUCGUCAAAUCGCCGUCAUGAAAGGACAGGCAUGGAACGUUGUGGAGACACUCAAGACGCCGGAUCACGGUCCUUUGGAAUUGACAAGACGUGCUCGAGUCUGCGUUUGGGAUGAUCUGGUUGAGAUCCCUGUGGCCGUGCCUCUGCGACCAUCAAACGAUCUGCGUCACAAGCACGCGGACGUCAUCAAGGUCCCCGGUAUCAGAGAGGAAGAAGAGUUGGACAUAGGUGCUGCCUAUGCUUCAGCGCCUCCAUUGAAGUUGCAAACUGAUCUUCUUGGACCCGACCAUCCGCACAACAAUCGUUUCAACAUCUCACGACAGAACAGUAGUGGCGAUGUCAGAAGGAGCGAAGACAGCAAUGCUCCCCUGUCACCGUCUAGUGUACAAGGCUUCACUUUCGAUCCUGCAAAAGAGUCGAGAUCCAAACGGCCCGUCGCGACUCGCUCAAAGUCAAGGCUUAGUCUUGAUGAGACAAGAAGACUGUUCGACAACCUUGGGGAACGUAGGAGGUUCUCGUUCGCUAUCGGAAAGAGAAACGAUGAGAUUGACGUGGACGAUGCAGAGCUGGAUGGCGAUCUUGGCUUUGCUGCAGCAGAAGAUCAGGAGGGUUACAGGAGAAAGGUCAUUGUUGAAAGGAUCGAAAUGGUCAAGGGCAGGGCUCCUGUGUUUACUUGGUGCUAG